GCAAGGUGGUGCAGCACUAAAAAAGGUCCGCAUGGGAACACCACUCAUAUAUAUAGGGUUCCGUCUGGAGGACUUGCCGGUACCAUUGCGGUUCAAGCCGAAGGGGGGACUUCAAGCAAUGCUCUUCAAUAAUUUACAUUAAAAGUGCAUUAUAUUCUUUUGCUUAUAUGUAAUAUAGUCUGUAUUUGAGAUUUUGGUUUAUUUAUGUCAAAAUGGGACCGAAGAAAGGGACGAAGCCAGAGGAACCAGCUUCAACGGCUGAGGAUUAAUUAGCUCCGGAGGAUUUGCAUCAUGGUACGGAGGAGUUACGAGAGAUGUUCGGUGUCCAUAUGGAAAUUCAGCGUGAGCGAAAUAAAUGGCUGGAUCAGUGGGCAGCUCAACAGGAGACACGAUGGAGGGCUCUGCAUCAUCAGUUCACUUUGUUGCAAGAAGAGGAACCUCCGGAGGAACCUCCGCAGGAACUUCAAUGCACCCUUCCCGAUUCUGUUAAAUCAGAGUGGUGAACAGGAACAGUUGAACCUGAUGAAGGAAUGCAAUGUGGCAGUAACCCGAGCUAUGAUAAGAGCAGCAAGGAUGAGGUACAGUUACUUGGUGUCUUACCUUUUUGUGAAGCAGAGUGGGAAGCUGAGCCAGGAAAGACACAGAAGUCCAGGAGUCAGAGGAGGUGUGAGAAGUUCCAGCAUAGGGUGCUCCUCCCCCGACUGCAACCGGAAAAUAUUGCCGAUCGAUAAAUCGAGAUGCAGUUCAAGUCGAACACAGGAAAAUGUACUGCUGGUGACCGCUGGUCGAGUGAGCAGGGCAGUAACCCAAACCGACCUAAUGGAGAAGGGUCAUGGGCAAACACCAUCACAUUUGGAACAGCAGGGGCUGCAACAACAGCACAAUUUGAGGCUGGAUUUAUCACAUUCAGGGUCUUCAACACUGAAAAUGCAGCCAUGGCUAUUCGUUUGGGUGUUAAACCAACUGGCUGUCACACUGAACAUUUCUGUAUUGGUGGAGGUGGAUGCUUUCCUGAGGGGGUCCCUAGACAGUGUGAGGACUUCACAUCUUUUGACUGGACCACAGUAGUCAUACAGACUGGAGUGAUUCCAGAGAGAUUACUGAAGCAGCUGCACUUCUUUUUUAUUGCUGAAAAUCUUAUCACACCAGUCAUCCAAAUCAUCAGCUUAAUCUAUCUGAAAUAUCACACUGAUUAACAGUGCGAAAAGACAAAUAACUAGAAAUGUACCUUACAAUUCAGUUACAUUUGAAUAAUUAAUUGCAUACAUUUCUGUAUUUGAGUCAUUUAGUCCCCUAAAAUAUAAUACUAGAUGUUUAUUUAUUUUUUAUUAUUUCAACAA